AUGAACGGCAUCUACCAAACCGGAGGCGUCAUAGGAAGUCUGCUGCUGCCGUGGGUGGCAGACAAGUGGGGGAGGAAAUGGUCGCUCGCCAUACCUGCUAUCCUGAUUCUCAUCUCUGGCGCCGUCAUGACGGGCAGCAUGCACGUGGCGGAAUUCAUUGUGUUCCGAUUUUUCGCUGGUGCUGGUACUUGGAUGGCCGCGGCCGCCUCGCCGCUGAUGAUGAGCGAAUUGGUGCCGGCCAAUCUUCGAGGCGGGCUUGUUGAACUCCACGGGACCUAUUUUCAAUCGGGCUACACCUUUGCCUGGGUUGGCUUUGGGUGCUUCUUCUGGGCCAACAGCAGCGGAGCAUGGAGGGUGCCUGUCGCCAUACAGUGCCUCUGGCCGCUUCUCUUCCUGUCAGGGCUCUACUUCUGCCCCGAAAGCCCCAGGUGGCUGGUCAUGCAGGGCCGUGACGACGAAGCAAAGCGGGUUCUCGAGAAAAUACACACCCGCUCAUCAAAGGGGCGGAAUCUUGCUGACGCUGAGCUCCUUCAGAUUCAGAGGCAGGUCAUGAUCGACCGGGAACUGGAUUCUUCCUGGGUCCAACUCUUCAAGAAGCCAUCGUACAGAAAGCGGGCAUUCCUUGGGAUCGGAACCACUGGAAUCGUGCAAUUUGCCGGUGUCCUGGUCAUCAACAACUACGGACCCGUGAUCUACGGCCUUCUCGGUUACGACGAGCAGAAGCGACUUCUCUAUCCCGCCAUCUGGGUGACCUUUGGCUUGGGCCUGUUCUUCGUAGCACUGUUUCUGGUCGACCUCUUUCCCCGGAACCGACUGUUGGCAUUUGGCAUGUUUGGCUGCACAGCUACACUGGCGGUCGAAGCGGCGCUCAUUGCCAAUUUUGUCUACCAGGUGUUCUAUGCCAUCUGUGUGGACGGAGUUCAAUUCGCCUAUCUGGGUGAAAUCUUUCCAACCCACCUUCGUGCCAAAGGCGUCUGUCUAGGAAUCGCCACCAUGUCUCUGAUGAAUAUCAUCUGGUUGCAGUCUGCACCAACCGCACUGAAAAACAUUGAAUGGAAAAUUUUCUUGAUUUUCAUCAUUCUGAGCGCCUUCGGAGGUGUCCUGUUCCUGGUCUUUUGGCCUGACACGAGAAACAUGCCCUUGGAAGAGACAAGCGCUCUCUUUGGGGACAAAGACGAAGUGGCUGUCUAUCAGAAUGAGCUUGAGAUCGACCCGACCACGCAUAUUGCCCAUGACCGUCAAGGUCCAACGACGAUCAAGUCUGACAGAGCGAAAUCUGUUGAGCGGUCGGAGUCAGUCCACGUUGACAAAGCUUAA